AUGAGUCAGGCGAUUGGCAAGCAGCGGUUCGCUUACAACGUGCCCUGGUGGGAUGAAAGAAAGCUCUGGGAAGGCACGACUUGGCACCGCCACUGCUAUGCGAGGCAGUGGAUCGCGCAAUUACUGGGUGGAUAUCCAGGCGAAUCUAGCCGCUUCGCGCUUCGCGGGCAACAACGGGGAGACCCUGGAAAGCAAGAGCGAGACUGGCUGACUGUGGACUGGGAAUUCCUCUAUCUCUCUCCCGUCUGUCUUUUCCAUCCAUGCUUGUUUUCCAUGGCCCAAGAUGGUCUCAUUCCCCAGCUUUCGCCUCGGGAAGUGCGCGCAGCCCACCCAGCCAGCUCCAGUCCAGGUCCUCAGCAAAGGGCGCGGGUGACUCUUCCGACUUCCUAUCUAUGCCUUAAACUAAUAACUUCCUCGUCACCCCUCCACCGCCCACGUUCAUGCUCUCCUCCUCUUCCGCCUCUUCUGCCUCCUCUCUUCUCGCCGAGCUUUCUCCUAUCUGCAAGCUCUUUCUUUUUCCUCUUCAAGAACAACCUACGAUCAGGGAAAAUUGGCCCUCGCUUCUCCAAUAUCUCUUUUGGGGAUGCGCAAAUCGGACGUUGGAGUUUCGGAGGCACGCCAAAGCAAACCAUUGCACACCGACACCGGCCUGAGCAAUCCUUCGUCGCAUCCGACUGCGCGACGUCGUCUUACCUGAGAUUCCCCGUUCGAAGCACCAAGACACGUGCAGAUUAUUGCGACAACUGCGUCAUGGGGGACGACCGCAGCAUUCCCAUCAAGGCGGCUUCUUCGAGCCGCGACUUUGUCGCCCAGCUCAGCUCGUCUUUCAUGACGGGAACCCCGCCCGCACAAGAGCUCCUGGCAAGAGAUUUGGCAGAAUGCUCAGAAGACGAAUACGUCGACGAGAAUGAGGAUGCCAUCGGCUCCGACGACGAGGACGUGUCCGCCGAGGGCCCUCUCUUCUACCGCCGCCCGAGCGGUGUCGCAUUCGGCACCUCCCGCCCCGUUAUGAACCCGCAACCGAUAUACGCCGCCGAAGAACCACCAGUCCUCACUAGAGUCGAAAAGAAGCAGUCGCGCGAUGCCGAGCUGAGUCUGUUGCGUGAUAACCAUCUUUUGCCUCCCAAACAUGCCCGAGAGGAAAACGAGCCAUUCUAUCGCCGCGCCUACAGACGUCUCUUCAGCACAAAGGUUCCACUCGAGCCUCACGAUGAAGAGGCACCCCAGGCCAUCAUUCGUCGGCCCUCUGAAUCAACCCCUCUAUUGUCCGGAACUCCAGCGCCAGAUGUUGAUGGCCAUGGGACUCUCAAUGAGCAGUGGGAAGCGGCAGUCUCGACGGGCCAACUUCGCACUACUUGGCAGCGCGAAGCCAAGACCAUCAUUCAGUAUGCCAGUCCGCUCAUUGUUACCUUUAUGCUGCAGUACUCGGUCAAUGUUGUUUCCAUCUUCGCCGUAGGACACAUCGGAAAGAUUGAACUUGGCGCCGUGAGCUUGGCAACCAUGACAGCGACUAUCACCGUCUACGCGCCCUUCCAGGGUCUCGCGACGAGUCUCGAUACUCUCUGUGCGCAGGCGUACGGAUCCGGGCACCGCCAUCUCGUCGGACUGCAAUUCCAGCGCAUGACAUAUUUCUUGCUCAUGUGCUUUGUCCCGCUGGCCGUGUUGUGGUUCUUCAGUGAGUCGGUGCUGCGGCUCGUCAUCCCGGAACCUGAGUCUGCGCGGCUGGCUGGCCAGUAUCUGCGCAUGUUGAUCCUGAGCGGACCGGCCUUCGUCUUCUUCGAGGGUGGGAAGCGGUUUGUGCAGGCGCAGGGUCUGUUUCAGGCCACCACUUGGGUCCUUUUGGUUGCUGCGCCCAUCAACAUCCUGUUGAACUGGCUGUUUGUCUGGAGGUUGGGAUGGGGUUUCAUCGGAGCUCCUGCUGCGGUUGUUUGCACCCAGAACCUGCUUCCGCUGCUAUUGUUCCUUUACGUGCGCUUCAUCGACGGAUACCAGUGCUGGGGCGGUUUCAGCAAACGAGCUCUGUCAAAUUGGGGCCCGAUGCUUCGCUUGGCUUUGCCCGGCAUGAUUAUGAUUGAGGCCGAGUACAUGGCUUUUGAGAUCCUGACUCUGUUCUCGAGCCAGUUCGGUCCGGAAUACCUGGCGGCCCAGAGUGUCGUCGUCACGCUGUGUGCUAUUACCUACCAGAUCCCAUUCCCCGUCAGCAUCGCGGCGUCCACCCGAAUCGCUAACCUCAUUGGUGCCGGGUUGGUGGAUGCGGCAAAGAUUACCGGCGGAGUGGCAUUCGCAGCAGCUCUGAUUGUGGGCGUGUUCAACGUCAUCCUCUUUGGCAGCUUGAGAUUCCACCUGCCAAGACUGUUUACCAAUGAUGAAGAGGUCAUUGCCAUUGUGGCCAACGUGCUUCCGCUGUGUGCGUUGAUGCAGGUCUUUGACGGCCUAUCCGCGGGAGCACACGGUUUGCUGCGUGGCAUUGGCCGCCCUUCCAUCGGUGGCUAUGCGAACUUGACGGUGUACUACCUCAUUGCGAUGCCAAUCUCAUUUGGGACCGCGUUUGGUCUUGAUUGGAAGCUCAAGGGUUUGUGGCUGGGCGUCACGAUUGGACUUGCCUUGGUCGCUAUUAUCGAGUAUUCGUUUGUAUACUUCACGGACUGGCACAAGGCGGCCAAAGAGGCGGAGUCGAGAAACCAGGCCGACGGGGUCAUGAUAGUUGUUUGGCUACAAAUUGGUGAUUUAAUGAUUGACUGUCGAAGAUCUAGCAAGCGAGCGAGCAUCGCAAAGCACAGCAUAACUUUGGAAGUAAUUGACGGGAGCGGGAGAAGAAGAGAAGAAUGGUUCACAGAUGAUACGAAUGCGGGCUCGGCCGUUGCAAUGCCAAUGUCAAAGUGUCUGCGUUGCCCUCGCUCGAUGAGACCAAGUCAGGUAAGCUGUGUCCGCUCAGAUACUGACGGACGUCUGUGGUGGUUCGCGACCUGUCAGAACAACGUAGGGCAAGGCAGAGAAGCGGCUUGCAAGAGUCUAAGCCGGAAACUUCCCAACGAGUUCUUUCUAGCGUUUCCGGGCCUCCAAGUGAAACUUUUGAGUUAUGGUGCCAGUGCGGAAGCUCUCUCCAACUCAGGGACCGUCCUGCGGCCUGGGCAGCGCAGAGAACCACACCUCCAAAAAGGCAAGCUAAGCCAACAAGACAGGGAUGCGGGAGAUUGGCAAAUUGGGGCCACGGCGAAAACCAGUGGCCCGCCUGCUCACUCUGCCACCGGGGGAACGAAUGGCGGGUGCAGGGGUUUUCCCGCCUGGGAGGAUUGGAGGGGGAAGGGGAAGAAGAAGGUCAGAAGGGGAGACCCCUCCUUUUCUGCGAAUCGCUACAUUGGUACCAAUUUCUCGUUCUUGCGCAACCUCUAUCUUUUCCACUCUCGCACAUUCGCAACUUCGGACGGGGGAAGUUCCGAACAAACCUACUCUUUUGCUCUCUCACACAAUUGCCUAUCGGUCUUUGCGCAACUUUAUAAGAAGAGCAGUAAGCCUCUCCAGCUCCCGCCCCUUUACGGGGUACACAACGAGACUUCCUCUUCCACGGGCAAACACGAAAAAAUAAAGAUGUCUACUACCACGACGACCACGACGACGGCCAACGAGGGCAUCACGGCCGAGUCGAUUCUGCGCCUGUUCCCCGACAUCGACACGAGCACCGAGGCCCUUUCCGGUCACGAUGCCGAGCAGAUUCGGCUCAUGGACGAGGUGUGCAUUGUGUUGGACGAGAACGACAAGCCUAUUGGCAAUGCGAGCAAGAAGGCCUCCAAGCGCUGCCACCUAGUGACAAGGACAGAACGAGAGCGCGCGAGAGGAAGCAAUAGAAGGGGGAACUACAAGACAACACAGUCAACUGACACUGAACUCCCCAAAACAACAGGCCAUCUCAUGACCAACAUCGACAAGGGCCUCCUCCACCGCGCCUUCUCCGUCUUCCUCUUCGAUCCGGAAACCAACCGCCUGCUCCUGCAGCAGCGCGCCACGGAAAAGAUCACCUUCCCCGACAUGUGGACCAACACGUGCUGCUCCCACCCGCUGGGCAUCCCCGGCGAGACGGGCGCGAACCUCGAGGAUUCGAUCGCGGGCGUCAAGCGCGCCGCGCAGAGGAAGCUGGAGCACGAGCUCGGUAUCGACCCGAAGCAGGUGCCCUUUGAUGACUUCCACUUUUUGACGAGGAUUCAUUACAAGGCGCCUAGCGAUGGCAAGUGGGGAGAGCACGAGAUCGACUACAUUCUCUUCAUCAAGGCCAAGGUCGACCUCAAGCCCAACGAGAACGAGGUCCGCGCGACGCAGUACGUCAGCGCCGACGAGCUCAAGAAGCUGUUUGAGGACCCCCAGCUCAAGUUCACCCCCUGGUUCAAGCUCAUUUGCAACUCGAUGCUGUUCCAGUGGUGGGAGAGCCUCGACUCUGGGCUGGAGAAGUACACCAACGAGCAGGAGAUUCGUCGCAUGUAA